GUUCAGUCUUUUCAGAUACGCACCACCCCAAUCCGCUUCUUCCUCUCUCUCUGCUCUUUUCUCAAUUCUCCCCUCUUCGUUCCUCUGCUAACAGAUUGGCCUCAAGAAUCUCCUCAAACAUGUUGUAGUCUCGAGUUCUAUUGUUUUUACCAAUGGCUGUGUCUUCAUCUUCUUGCAUUCACCUGGGAAUGCCCAAAGCUCACUUCACUAAAAGGAGCUGCCUUUCCAGGAACCCUCCUGUAAACAUCACCCAAAGGAAGCCAUCAAGGGAAGCUCGGAAACGUUGUGUCUCUACUUCCUUGAAUCUUGGAGAUUAUCUUACUCGUGGAGAGUCUUCUUGUUCUAAAUGUACUUGCUUGGCAUCUCUCGCUGACUUUGACGCUGUUGCUGGCUCCGGUUGGGUCCCUAUAGGUGAUCAAGUUCUCUUGAUGACCAGUGUUUUCCUCACGUAUAUGGCUGGAGUGAUUCCUCUUCGAAACUCUGGUUACUCUUCCAGAAAGAACACCGUGGAGGAGGAGAGUCCAGAUCUUGGAGCUUCAGAGUCUUCUGGUAGGGACACAGGUUUUGAUGGUGAUUUGGAGUCUGUGUGGGAUGUGGUGAAAGGAAAGCUUUUAGAUUCUUUAGACGCCGUCAAGCGUGAGAGUACACUUGGAAGCAGAGUCCUGAAACCCAAACCUCCCCAAGGGAAGCCUCCUCUGAGCUUGUAUGCUAUAUCUGAAAGGCCACAGUUGUACUUGCUCUGGUCUUGCUUCCAGAAACUUGAAGAAGAGACAAAUAAGAUAUCUAACACAAUCAAUUCGGAUGAGUGGAUGGUUAGUUUUACUGAUAUUGUCAGUGAAGCAUAUCAAGGAGCAUGCACAGCUUGGCUAAAGAGGGAACUGUGUAUGGAAGACACUGAUUCUGACACUGCGAUGACUCCUUUGCUGAUCAAAAUGCUAAAUGAAAAGGAAGCUAUCUUUGACAAAAUAAGAAAAUCAGGCAAGGAGGAUCUGUUUGCAGAGUUCUUGUACUUCCAUAGAUUUGGAUCUUUAAGGAAAGCUUCCUGCUACGACCUGAGCUUGUUUCGUACUCACGGAGUUGCUAUUUUGGAAGACUUGAUGAUAACGUUAGCAGAUGGGGUCGCCAGCAUCUAUCUAGAGCUCAUUUCCGUUGACAGCAAGUUUUCAGAUGAGAUGAACGGUGGAGGAGGGUUAGAUAUCUGUAGCCUCUCUAGCAGAGCACUUCAAAAACUACGCAACGAGGUAGCUUUAUACCAGUGGUUACAUCAGAACAUGGAAGCGGUUGUGUCUAUGUAUGAGGAUCGGUUUGACCUCUACAUUCUUCAAACUCAGGUGAUCAACAACCCUGAUGGUGGUGGUGAUACAAAAAGCUAUAGUUGGUGGAGAAAAGCUAAAGCUGCCUCAUCAUCACCGUUGCGAUACUCCGUAAUAAGUGAUUUCUCAUUGCCUGUUAAACGAACAAAGGAGCUUAAGGCUUUAUCAGGAUGGAGGUACUACUUCAGUCUGUUUUUGGAGUUAUCAGACAUCGGGAUGCCAAUCAUAAGAGUGGUGGUGGAUAAAGUGAGUAGCGUCAUAUCCUUCUUUCUUGUCACCUUGAUCGGUAGAUCAGUUGGACUCAUUUUUACUGGCAUUAGACAAUCUCUCCGGUGGAAAUGAAAACCUCAUACAACAUGGGAUUAGUAAAUUUAUUUUCUUGGUGUGCCCUUUUGAUGAUUCUUGUUUUGGUAAGUGAUGAUAAGUUGGUGUAAUUCAUUUAGACAAAACUCUCAGUUUUUGGCACAUUGAUUCAACAACAAUAAUGACUUUUUUCGGAAAAAAAAAA